AUGGCUGACGCGUCGGGCUCGGGCCGUUCGGGAAAGUCGGGCCGAAGGAAGAAGCAUGUGAAGAAAGAAGUGAAGACGGUGCUCCGUGAUGGCCAAGCGAUGAGCAUCAUCCAGAAGAACCCUGAGCUUCUGGCGCAAGUCACCGAGCAAUUGAAGAACUUGCCGCCUCAGCAGCCAGGUGCUCGUCGUCCCACGAUUGUCAUCUACUACAACGACGUGCGGCUGAAGAAGAAAAAGAAGCACAAGAAGAAGCGGAAGGUUGCCUCGUGCAACAGCGGGAAGGUCGAACGUGGAAAGGAGAAAGAAAAAGAUAAAGACAAGGAGAAAGAGCCCGAGGCGGAGAAGGAGGCAGAUGAGGAGCCUCCGCCCCCGAAAUUCGAUGCUGCCGCCGAGGGUUACCAGUGUGUGGAUGCAGUGUGCUUCUGGGCUUUUGCCGGGAUUCCGCUCGUCGUGCCCAUCUCUAAUGCGGAGGAAGCGCAACUUCCUAAACCCAAGCCACCAAAGGCGCCGGUGAACGGCUGGCUGCGUAAGUCUCCAAAAGGUGUACCGCUCUUCCAAGAAGCCAAGUGUGGCACUCGCUGCCCGGUUAAUGCGCAAAAGGGCCAACUGGUGAAGGACGGCAACGGCUGGGCGGUUUUUGUCGUCAACGGCAUGGAAGUCGAUGCAUCCGGAAACCCCAUCCUCCCUCCGGUCACCAACGGUCAGGGAAAGGAGAUGUCCGAGAUGCACAAAGUUGGCUACGAUAUUCCGAUGAGCGGGACGGUGACGCUCGAGAAUGACGGCACGCUGACGUUCAUGAAGCGCGAGCUCAAGGCGAACGAAGGCGUGACGGUCAUGUCGGAGAUUCGCUCGCCGGAGUCGGUGUCUGGCGUACUCGUCCGCGAGAAGAACACCGGCAAUAUUCUUUUCCUUUCCACCGAGGAAUAUGGAGUCGGAGGCGCCCUUGCUGCCGAAAAAGCCAAUGCCGAGAAAGACGCCGAGAAGCGCACCGUGAUCACCCAGCAGCCGUUGGGCACUGUGCUGAAGGACGUGAAAUGGAACACGAAGCUUGAAGCCGUGGACCCGGACUCGGCUGGCGCAGCUGAAAAGAUGGGCGUCAUCGUCCAGACCUCUACGGCCCCGAUGUAUGUGCCGACUGAAAUCUGGGAGAGCGAGAAGAAGCUCACGAGCAAGAAGCCUGGUAACAAAAAUUCCGACGCGCUCUCCAUCCAGGCUGAAGUUGUGAAGGAGCUGCUUGGCGUUUCGGUGAAUGGGCGGAAGAUGGUCGAGGUGGCCGAUCAAAUCUACCGGGCCAAGCAGGAGGGCAAAAGCCUGGAAGAGGUCCAGAAGCUCGACGAGGAGGAGAAGGUCAUUCGCGAGAGGGAGAUGGCCGAAGACAGGGAGCGCCUCAUUGCCGAGCACCAGAAAUUGUUCGAAUCGCGCUCGCAGUUCUUCUUCGAAGCCGGCGGUCCGAUGUACACGCCGCGU